AUGGACCGGACAUCGUUCCUGGUGAUUUCGCAAUGGAACUCCUGCAGAAAGAAUGGAAAUCGCCACAGUGACCCCUAUAUUCUUCUAACUCUAUUUACCUCUCUUUUCCUCUUUCAUCUCUCUCUCUCUCUUUCAUCUCUCUCUCUCUUUUUCUCUUUCAUCUCUGUCUCUCUUUCAUCUCUCUCUCUCUUUCACCUCUCUCUCUCUCUCUUUCAUCUCUCUCUUUUUCUCUUUCAUCUCUCUCUCUCUUUCAUCUCUCUCUCUUUUUCUCUUUCAUCUCUCUCUCUUUCAUCUCUCUCUCUUCCAUCUCUCUCUCUCUUUCAUCUCUCUCUUUUUCUCUUUCAUCUCUCUCUCUUUCAUCUCUCUCUCUCUUUUCUCUCUCUCUUCAUCUCUCUCUUCACCUCUCUCUCUCUCUUUCAUCUCUCUCUCUUUUUCUGUUUCAUCUCUCUCUCUCUCUUUCAUCUCUCUCUCUCUCUCUUUCUCUUUCAUCUCUCUCUCUCUUUCAUCUCUCUCUCUCUUCCACCUCUCUCUCUCUCUUUCAUCUCUCUCUUUUUCUCUUUCAUCUCUCUCUCUCUCUUUCAUCUCUCUCUCUCUCUUUCUCUUUCAUCUCUCUCUCUCUCUCUUUCUCUCUCUCUCUCUUUCUCUCUCUCUCCAUUAGAUCUCUUCGACAGCGAUCGGUUGUCUCAUCGUAAUCAUCCUAUCGCUUUCACGAGCGUUAGGACCUCAUCGACUUUGAUCGAGGGUUUCAUCGGUGACAUCCCCACGCUUUCAUCCGCGACCUCGUCGACAGCGAGCGAUUGGAUUAUCGUUCACGUUCUAUCGCUGUUACGUCCGUUAGGACCUCGUCGACAGCGAGCGAUUGGCUCAUCGUUCCCGUCCUAUCGCUGUUACGUGCGUAAGGACCUCGUCAACAGCGAGCGAUUGAUUUAUCGUUCCCGUCUAAUCGCUGUUACGUCCGUUAGGUCCUCGUCGACUAUGAUAGAUCGUCCCAUCGUAGCUGUCCCCUCGUUGGCGACCUUAUUUUAA